CUGCCGCCGAACAUUUUUUCAUUUCGGGCUGAUAUCUCGGUGAGAGCAGACGUUGGGCUCCAAAAAUUCUAAAUUGCAAUCAUGGUGUACCUGGUGAGAACCAAGGACGAUCUCGACCAGCAGCUCUCCCUCGCCGAGGAUAAACUGGUGGUGAUUGAUUUCUAUGCCAACUGGUGCGGACCGUGCAAUAUUAUUGCCCCCAAGCUGGAGGAGCUGGCCCAGCAGUACUCGAACCGUGCUGUCAUCCUCAAGGUGAACGUGGACCAGAAUGAGGACAUUACAGAGGAAUACAAUGUGACCAGCAUGCCAACAUUUGUGUUCAUCAAGGACGGCAAUGUUCUCGAGGUUUUCGUCGGCUGCAACGUCGAGAAGCUGGCCAAAUCCAUGGAGAAGUAUGCCGGCGGCGAUCCAGUUCAAUUAUCCGACCAGCUCCUCGAACCGGAUGAUCCGAUCGCCAUCUCCAGUGACAGCGACAACGAUGUGGUCGUGUGUGAGGUGUCUGCCCAGGAUCAGACCGUGCUGGAGCACUAGAUUCACUCUCAAGCCAAUAUACUUCAUGUGAGGCGGAUAUGUGCUGUCGUUCAACUUUACACAGUUCUACACUUCUACACACGCGUACAUCAUUCGUAAAUAUGGCAGUACGGUAACAACAAAUGCAACACACACAACACACACACUAGACACUGCACACUACACACACACUGUGUACACUCAUGAAAUGUGAUGCUUGGACUCUCGAAUGCAUUCAAAUGGUUGUUGAUUGAUGUUGCGGCGGCGGAGGACGUCCAAUCAAAUCUACACACUAAUAUCUUCCUGGGCAUCCUAGGACUUAUGUGAAACAGCACAUACACACACCAGUGGAUAGCAAUAUGCUGACGAUGCUUACACUCUGGGAAAAAUUGUGGACUUGCGACGGCCGAUACCAAAGUGUGGACAUAUGCUUUUCUAUAUAUGCUCAUGCUAAUCUCUUAGUACAUUAAAUGGAAAUAUGUACAAUCGACCGACAAUGUGAAUUGAAAUGCACAUUAAUAGUUAUUUUUGUUAACACAUAACAAAUCGGAGGGCGAAACAAAUACAAAGCAAGAAACAAAAUGUUA